AGCCAGAACAUACUUGUUGCCCUAAACAUUAAAUUGUUGUUGUGUCAUGCAUUUUAUAUUGUUUGAUUCAUUUAUGACAUUGUUUUUUUGACUCCUCCUGCUAUCACAUAGUGUUCAACUGACUGUGGGCUGUCCGCUGCAGGGGUUCGGCUCGCCUUUCUGCACAAACGAAACUGAGCAUACUAAAGUGUUUGGAGCACAGCCUGGAAACGCCAUUACAGAGCAGGCUUGAAUCUCAAGCAGCUCUUCUUUCUUUGUACGCCUGCAGGGACUGUUUUCCGUCUGUGUUUCUCCAAGCAAGGGGAAACCGUCCUCUGAGCUCCCUCCGAACAAAGAGGAAAAGAUCUCCGAGGGACAGCAGUUUUAUUUCACUCGCUCACAUGAUUAAAUCACAUGGAAGGUGAUAGGUAAAAACUAAUGCUGAUAAGGUAACAGAAGGAAAAAGGAAAUCAUGGCUGACAUACCUCAGCAAUCACCCAAUGUUUCUGAGUGGACUGAAUCUCAAGUAAGCACCUGGCUGAGAUCGAUUGCAGUGAAGGAACAGUACAUAGAAAAGCUCUUUGAAGAAGAAGUAGAUGGACAAAUCUUACUUGAACUGAAUGAAGACUUUUUAAAAACAAAAAUCUGCAUGAAGUUAGGGCCUGCUCAUUUGAUUAUUCAGAAAAGAGAUGAGCUUAUCAACUCCCAGCAAAAAUGUCAAAAGAAGAAAAAAACUACCAAAAAAGCAGUUCAGUGUCUUCCAGCAGCAAGUGAAGGCAUUCCAGCACAAACUGCAGAGAGAGAUCAGGAUGUCUUUGAGGGGAGACAAACAGCUCAGGAACAAUGCGUGUGGACCUCAAAGGAAGACUGCAAACCACGGCCAUUCGAUCAGGAAGGGAUUGAUUUCUUAUAUGUAAAACACAGAAUCCUGCAGCCUGAAUCAGGUGCUUUCAAUCUGAUUUCACCAUGCCACGAAUUCAAGUCAUUGGCUGUAGCUACUACAUUGGAUCGCACAAGACUCCAAGCUAAAUUUGCCAAAGAGGUUCUUAAAUUUGCAACCGGUUGUAUGAAUGUCAGAUCGAAUGGUACAAUACACUUUGGUGUGAUGGACAGCAAGGAGGAUGCAGGAUAUGUGCACGGUGAGAUAAUUGGUGUUCCUGUAACAGACAAGGAUAUUUACGUUGAUGCUUUGGAUUACAUUGAAAAGAGUUUCUCCUCUGACAACGAGCACGUACGCCAGUGUGUGCGACCACCAAGGUUCAUUGAGGUUAUGGAUCAACAAGGGACAGAAAAGAAGUAUGUGAUAGAGACUGACAUUGUGCCAUCAAUACGUAUUGUUAAGGGCAAAGUGUAUGCAGUCCGUCUACCAAACUUCAAAGAAGCAACCAACAAAGUGGAGUUUGAGAAAGAGAUGUUUUUGCGAAGAGUGGGUUCAAAAACGGAGCCAGUGAGUGACAAAGACCUAAGUGACUUUUAUCAGAGAGUCAAAGAUCGUGAUGCUCAGAGAGAAGAAGCAGAAAAAAAUCAGUUCCUCUUUGCUCCAGAGAUGUGUCAAGACCUCGGACGUAAACUCACCAUGUUGAUGACAAGUGGUAAGAAAUUCAUUGAAAAGGAAAAAUGGUUCAUACUGGUCACAAACAAAUUCAAGCCUGAUGACCUUUCCAGUAUCGACUGGCUGCUUAACAUGAACAUAUUCUGCGUGUUUGACUUUGACCCGGACUCAAAGAUAUCAGGUCUUUGCAGUAGAUACCUCCAACAUCGUGCUGCAAACAUGCAUUUUCUGCAAAGCUACAGAAUACCUGCUGGCACAAGCAUCAGAGAAUUCACAAGCUACCUGUAUUUGUUCGACCAAACUAGUUGGAUCUUUUGCAAUGGUCGCACUGACUUCAAAGGAAAUGAAACUCCAUGUGACGAAAUGACGUGGAUCAGGACAAAAAUGACUUUCCUGCGAGAGUCUGUGUCUUUGAUCUGUAAGCAGGUCUUGCCAAAAGGCACAUUCCAGGUCAUAUUUCUGUUAGCAUCACCAGUUGAGAAACCACUCUUGCACACCUUCAAUGAGUUUUUCACAGACAUGGAAGGUCAUGAAGACAUCAUCUGCAUCUGUGAAUCAGAGGAAAACUUCCAUAAGUGGCAAAGCUUUGCAGAGGGUUCAUGUGGGAAAGAAGCUGUAAACAAUUCCAGUGUUGUUGGGAUGAAAAUGAGUCACAUUAAUGCAACUCUGCAACAUGUACAACCCGUGAAAGUGUGUGCCAUCAAACAUUUGCCAGUCUUUGUGAAAGGGACGUGUCUUCUUGAAACACAUGUUGAGGAAAAGAUGUACUCACUGGAAAUUCUGACAGUCAAUCAUUGUGAUGAAACAAGCAAAGACUUCAUCAAUGAGGAGAAAGAAAACAUUGAAAAGCAGUUCUACCGUGGUGGGAGAGUGACUUGGUUGAAUUUCUGGCUUGCUCAGAACAAAUUUGUUGAGGAGGUCAUUGAAAGAGAUGCUUAUCAUGAUGCUUCCAAGCUUCUCAAUGAUGCCUUGAAAUACAAUGCAGACCAAACUCCAGUGAAUAUCAUAAACAUCUACCAUCACCCGGGAAGUGGCGGAAGCACUGUGGCAAGACAAGUGCUGUGGAACAACAGAAAAAGUGUAAGGUGUGCAGUUGUGAAGCCUUCAUACUCAGUUGCUGUUGUUGCCCAACAUGCAGUUGACCUAAGAGAAUAUGAAGAAAAGGAUGCACAGAGGUGUCUUCCAGUGCUGCUCCUCAUUGAAGACACAGACAAAGAAUAUCUAGAUGAUCUCAGAAACGAACUAGAGGUUGCAGUUAACGUUAAACAAAUCCAGUGUGGCACUCUAUGUUUCAUUUUGCUCAGCUGCAGACGUUCCCAUGAUCCAGAGAAAAAAUGCAAGGAGUCUCCUUUACAGAAUGUGUCUGUCACCCAUAAACUGUCUGAUCAGGAGAAGAGAAAACUUGCUGGAAAACGACAGGCACUCGAGGAACGAUAUGAGCCUAACUUCAUUCUGACAUUUGUUCUGAUGAGCGAAGGAUUCAGUGAGGAUUAUGUUCAUCAGUUUGUGAAACAUCUGCUCCAAGACAUUGACCAUCGCUCUGUUGUCACUCGACUCAUUCACUAUGUAGCAUUGCUGAACACAUAUGUUCAAAACUCUUUCAUCUCUCAGUCCCACUGUGAAGCUCUGCUUGCCUUAAGGAUUCACUUGGAGAGGUUUCGCCAAAACGAGUUUGAGAGAUCCCUCAGUGAUCAAGCUAAACUAGUCUUCUUGCACCUUCGAGAUGACAAGACGCACAUUGAAUCAAUCAGAAUCAUCCACCCACUUGUUGCAAAAGAAAUUCUUCAGCAACUUCUGGGACCCCAACAGACCCAAAGCAGUUUGGCAAUGGAUUUGCUCCGUGAGGAUGUGCUCUUUGAGCAUAGAUUUGGCAGGGAUGAGUAUCACACAUUUUUGAGACAACUUUUCAUCCGGCGCUCCAGAAUAAGCAAAGGAGACAAAUAUGACAGCCGUUUCUCUCCUUUCAUUGAACAUGUGUGUGGAAAUGAGAAAAGCCCAGACAAAGCAAUUGAGUUGCUCACAGAAGCAUUCCAGCGUUUCCAUAAUGAUCCAUUCUUUGCACAACAACUUGCUCGUCUUCAUUAUACUUAUGAAAAGUUUGAAGAGGCCAAACACUGGGCAGAGACAGCAGCUAAACAACUGCCCAACAACUCCUACAUACUUGACACAAAGGGGCAGGUUUAUAGGAAAUGGUUCCAAGCAAAAUGUAAAGCAAUUGAAAACAUACCAAAGACCCCCCAAAAUACAGCAGAUGCUGUGGAAACCGCCCUGAAAGCCCUCGAGUGUUUUCAUGAAUGUGAGAGAGCAGCUGAUGCUGAGAUGGAAAAUGUUAACAGUUCAGGGUUUUUUGGUGAAGUUGAGGUCGGGUGCAGCCUGCUCAAACUGAUCUCUUCGCUGCACGUGUUUGCAGACAAAUCCAAUGGCCAUGCAGAAUGUAUGAAGUACCUGUUAACAGACUACAUCCCCGAGGAAGUUGAAGAUGCUUGGGAACCUUUACAUGACCGUUUGAAAAAACUUCACAAGGCAAUGCAAGAUGCCUUGGAAUGGAUUUCAGAGGACCUGAGUUACUUCCAGACAGACAUUGGUGCAGAUGAAGAAGAGACAUCUGAAAGCCCUGAGGAGAAGAUAAGCCAUCCACUGACAUGGCUGGCAAAAAAAUCCUCUGAAUAUGGAAAGUACUUCAGCGAAGCGUAUUGUACUGCAAUCCUAAAGCAGGGGAAAGCAAACCCAUCUAAUCUUACUCCUUUCCAAAAACGCAUGGUCAUCUAUCAUCUUGGUGGUGGCAACAUAACAUCAAUUCUGUCCAAGCUAAUUGAUCAGAGGGAUGCAGUAAAACUUCUAGAGCGCAUCCUCUCUCUCUACCCUAGCAAGCCAUUAGAUGCAAAAUUUGGUCAAAAGGACAUUGUCAAUUACAUAGCGGCCCACAUUUCUCUGAACUGCCUGUCACCACAAAAUCAAAAAGUGGCUCCUCUGAGAGCUCUACAAGCACUUUGUCGCCAGUUCCCAUCUGAUAAAAGGAAAUGUUUGCCAAGUGCACUGUUUUUGCUUACCUUGCUAUUCUGGCCAGAGGAUGAUGACACAGAGCAUGAGAAAGAAACCAAAUAUGAAAUUGUGCAAUCAGCUGUUGAACACCUGGAAAAAGGCUACUGGACCAAGAUGAAAGACAUUCCUCAGCGGAAGAGAAGGCUCUACACCCAUUUUUUUCUGGGCAGUGCACAUGGGUUGGACAAGUUUGUCCAUAAGAAAAAGUUUGAAAGAUUCACCAAGUGGUUCUCAGUCUCUGAGAAACGCAUGAAAUGGUUUAGUGGUGAGGCGUGGAAGAUCACAGAGAUUGCCACAAUGCUGAAACGUGUUUCUGGGUGGACUGAAGAUCGUGUGGUGUACCUUGAAGGUCCUAAGAAAAAGAAAUUCAAUAUCCUGCCUCUUUAUGUACCUUCAGUGCCUCAUAGUAAUGAAAACAUCACCUUCUACCUGGGAUUCACCUUCAGAGGCCCUGUUGCCUGCAACAUCCUUGUGAAAAAAUAGUGUGAACAAUGGCUGUCAACUUUCUGAUAAGACUUUAAUGAUCCCACGAUGGGGAAAUUUGCGCAUUACAACAGCUCAAAUACAAGAUAAGCACCUUGAAAAAAAAAAAAAAAAAAUUACAAAUGUAAUUUCAAAUCAAGCAAGCCUUAUGUUAUUGUGUCACUACGGCAAUACCUGCCAUACUUGUAAAAGUCUAAAAUAAUUAAGUGAUAUGAUUAUAUUUGUAUAAAAGGUACUCAAAAAUAUACCUAAAGUGUCAAAUAAAUAAGUGAUAAAAGUGAUUAACCACAGUUUUUGUUUAUAUAUGAAGCUAUGCCAUCUGGCCAUAUUCUUUAUGCAUCAAUUGCUUAUCAAGCUUAUGUGGGUAUCUCUGCCUUAGUCCAUCAGUAUUUAAAAGUAGUAACGUUUCGGGCUGGAAUGCCCUUCUUCAGACUCCACCCACAUUCCAGCCCGAAACGUUACUACUUUUAAAUACUGAUGGAUUAAAAUUUCUCAAGGAGCUUUUUGGUGUGCGGACCUUCUCCUUUUUCAUUGAGUUUUGCUUGGAUCCAGCACCCAGGUUAAUUUUUUGGAUGUGCGUGUAUCUCUUUUAUUAAGUAUCUCUGUCUUAGUCCCAUUUUUACCUUGUACUCCUACUCUCUGUAUUUUGUGUAUAAGUAUGAUUUCAAAUCACACAAGCCUUAUAUUAGUUUAGUGUAUUUUGUGUACAUUUCUACUGUUAAUCAAACUUGAAAAGUACUGAUUUUACAUCCAGUUUACAUCCAGAUAGACUACUGUUCACACUUGACCUCAAAAUGUAUAUAAAUCUAUAGUGACCAUGUGUAUAUGUAUAUGCUAUCCGCUGGUUCAUAUUUGGCAUUUUUAUAUUAAACAAAAACACUAAAAGGAGUGUGGGGCUGAAUGUAUGACUUGAUUUCAGUGUGACCAUUCAGAACCUCAUCCUGAACAUGUUAUCUGUAAUGCACAGUUGUAUCAAAAGCUUGUUACACAAAUUUUUAGUAUUUUCCAAGACAAUUGAGGUACAGCAUAAUUAUGUGUUAACUGUUUAGAAAUGUGUUUCAUGAUAAUUGUAUCAGAAUAAUAUAUUGGGAACUAAAAGGCAAUGCUAUGUACAGCCCCAAUGGAAUGGAUGUAUUGAUAUGCAUGGAAAAUAUUUGAGAAAAUGGUUGUAUAGACAUGAACUUUACUCAAAUAUUUCAAAAACCUAUUC